AUGGGAAAAUCUCAGUCCAAGCAGAAAAGUGACAAAAAGAUAGCUUGGUGUAAAGAUGAAGAGGACAUAUACACCAACCCCAUUACAGACCAUUAUGUUCUGCUGAAGCGGAUGAAUCGCAGACCCAAACCAAGGAGGGACUCUUUGCUAGAAACAUUUCAAGAAGUACAUAUGAAACAAGGAGGACUGACUCUUUACUCUACACAGUCAUUGAAAAGGAAGAAUUUGUCCCAAAAUUUCACAAACCUACUACUAUUCCAAAAAUUGUGCCCAAGAGGCUCAGAGAACUUGGUCAGGAAAAGCUGGCAUUCAUGUGUACCAGAAGAAGAAGGACAUGUGAUUGAGAUCCAAGACUUAUUUAACCCAAGCUUAGAUACCCAGAAAGAGGCUCAAUUGGUCAUAAUAGAGGGGGCUGCAGGGAUUGGGAAGUCAACACUGGUCAGGCAGGUGAGGAGAGCCUGGAAGGAAGGCCAGCUCUACAGGGAUCGCUUCCAGCAUGUCUUCUUCUUCAGCUGCAGAGAGCUUGCCCAGUGCAAGCAGCUAAGUUUGGCUGAGCUCAUAGAACAAGGCCAGGAAGUGCCCACAGCUCCCAUCAGUCAGAUCCUAUCUCACCCUGAGAAGCUGCUCUUCAUCCUCGAUGGCAUAGAUGAGCCAGCAUGGGUCUUGGAGGAACAGAAUCCUGAGCUCUCUCUGCACUGGAGUCAAACACAGCCUGUGAACACACUACUGGGGAGUUUACUAGGGAAAUCCAUCCUUCCUGAGGCUUCCUUCCUGCUCACAGCUCGGACCACAACUCUGCAGAAGAUCAUUCCUUCCUUGGGGCAGCCAUGUUGGGUGGAAGUCCUAGGAUUCGCUCAGUAUGAACGGGAAAACUAUUUCUACAAAUAUUUUGCAAAUGUAAGAGAUGCAACUACUGCUUUUAUAUUUGUUAAAUCUAACCCAGUGCUCUUGACCCUGUGUGAGGUUCCCUGGAUGUGCUGGUUGGUCUGCAAUUGCCUGAAAAGGGAAAUGUUGCAGGGGAGUGACCUUUCAUUGACCUCAAAGACAACCACAGCCCUCUACCUGAAAUACCUUUCCAUGAAAAUCCAAGACCAGUACAUGAGGAUCCAGCUCAGAGCCCUUUGCUCACUGGCUGCUCAGGGGAUCUGCCGAAGAAAGACCCUGUUCAGUGAAAGUGACCUCUGUAACCAAGGGUUAGCAGAGGAUGCCAUUGCCAAUUUCCUAGAGAUUGGUGUCAUUCAAAUGCAGCCCAGCUCCCUGAGCUACAGCUUUGCCCACUUGUGUCUCCAGGAGUUCUUUGCAGCGAUGUCCUACAUCUUGAAGAAUAGAAAGAAAAGACAUGGUGAUAUGGAAGAUGACAGAAUUGUGGGAACACUGGUAGAACAGUAUGGAAGAUACAACCUGUUUGAGGCACCCACUGUGCGCUUUCUAUUUGGUCUUUUGAGUAAAGAGGCAUUGAAAGAAAUGGAAAAGUUCUUUCACUGCAACUUUUCUAGGAAGGCAAAGUUGAAGCUGCUAUGGCACAUCCUAGCAACAACCCAACCCCAUCAACCACCUUCUAUGGGUUUGCUCCACUGUCUGUAUGAAAGUCAGGAAAAGGAACUCCUGACACAUGUGAUGCACGAUCUUCAAGGAACAAUAGUGCCUGGAACAAAUGACAUUGCACACACAGUGGUCCAGACAAAUGUGAAGCACCUGGUGAUACAGACAGACAUGGAGCUCAUGGUGGUCACUUUCUGCAUUCAGUUCUGCUGUCAUGUGAGGAGUCUCCAGGUGAAUAUGGAAAGACAGAAAGGAUAUGCACUGAUGGCCCCAAGGAUGGUCCUGUACAGAUGGACCCCAAUCACUGAUGCCAGUUGGAAAAUUUUGUUCUCCAAUCUUAAAUUCGCCAGAAACCUGGAGGAGCUGGACCUCAGUGGAAAUCCAAUGAGCUUCUGUGCAGUUCUAAAUCUCUAUAAAACCCUUGUACACCCUGAAUGCCAACUGAAGAUCUUGUGGCUUGUUGAAUGUGGCCUCACAUCCACACACUGCUCACUCCUGGCCGAGGUGCUCAGUGUCCACUCCAGCUUGACUGAGCUAGACCUGCAGCUGAAUGACCUGGGUAACCGUGGUGUGAGGCGGCUAUGUGAGGGGCUCAGGAAUCCUGCCUGCAACCUCAGUGUCCUGCGGCUGGACCAGGCCUCUCUCAGUGACCAAGUGAUUACAGAGCUCAGGACCCUGGAAGCAAAGAAUGCAAACCUGCUCAUCUCCAGCACAUGGAAGCCACAUGGAAUGGUCCCUACUACAAACAUGGAUAAAGAAGAAGUAGAUGAUAGCCCAGCCUUAUUGAAGCAGCAGAGACAACAGUCAGGUGACCUUUCAUCCAUGCUCUCCUGUCUCUCCAUAGAACCUUUAGGGACUGAGGACGACUUCUGGGGCCCUACAGGACCUGUGGCUACUGAGGUGGUUGACAGAGAGAGGAACUUGUAUCGAGUUCAAUUGCCCAUGGCUGGUUCCUACCACUGUCCCAGCACAGGACUCCACUUUGUGGUGACAAGGGCAGUGACAAUUGAGAUUGAAUUCUGUGCCUGGAGCCAAUACCUGAACAAGACUCCCUUGCAACACAGUCACAUGGUGGCUGGACCUCUGUUUGACAUCAAGGUUGAGCAAGGAGCUGUGACUGCUGUGUACCUCCCUCAUUUUGUGGCUCUCCAAGAGGAAACAGUGGACAUCUCUUUGUUCCAUGUUGCCCACUUUCAAGAACAUGGGAUGGUCCUAGAAACCCCAGCAAGAGUGGAAGAGCAUUACGCAGCACUGGAAAGCCCAAGCUUCUCCCCAAUGGGAAUUCUACUGAGAUUGAUUCCUGCUGUUGGACAAUUCAUCCCCAUCAACUCCAUCACAUUGAUCUACUACCACCUCUAUCUCGAGAAUGUCACCUUUCACCUUUACCUGGUCCCCAAUGACUGCACUAUUCGGAAGGCCAUUGAUGAUGAAGAAAUGAAGUUUCAGUUUGUGCGCAUAAACAAGCCACCCCCAGUAGAUGCUCUUUAUGUUGGUUCCCGAUAUAUUGUGUCCUGCUCCAAAAAGGUGAAAAUUAUCCCAAUGGAACUGGAGCUGUGCUACCGAAGCCCCGGGGAAUCUCAGCUCUUCUCUGAGAUCUAUAUUGGACGCAUGGAUUCGGAGAUUAUGUUGGAAAUCAGAGACAAGAGGCAUAUGAAUCUCCUAUGGGAGGCCUUGCUGCAACCAGAAGACCUCAGACCUGCACUGCCCAGGAUUUCUUCAGCUCCCAGAGAUGCUCUUUCUUUGAUACACUUUAUGGAUGAGCAUCGGGAGCAGCUGGUGGUCCGAGUGACAUCAGUGGACCCUCUCUUGGACAAGCUUUAUGGUGUGGUACUAAGUGAAGAGGAGUAUGAGGCAGUGAGGGCUGAGACCACAAACCAAGACAAGAUGAGGAAGCUCUUCAGCCUCAGCUACUCCUGGAACCAAUUCUGCAAAGACAGAUUCUACCUAGCUCUGAAGGAAACCCAUCCUCACCUGGUCAUGGAACUCCUUGAAAAAUCAAGGGGGGAAGUGGUGUCUGUGAGAUUCUGA